UGACGUCAGGGCGGAAGUUGCGCGAGCUUGUCCCGUCAUAGGAGCCGUUAGCUGCCCGCUGCUCUAAAACAAGUCAGACAAUUCCGUCUUAAAGCCUUCUUCAGGUGGAACUCGUACUUUGGAUUUAAGGAUAUGGAUGAGGACGUGCUUACUACUUUGAAACUGUUGAUAAUUGGCGAAAGUGGAGUUGGGAAAUCCAGCCUCCUCUUGAGAUUCACAGAGGACACCUUUGAUCCAGAGCAGUCUGCAACAAUAGGUGUUGAUUUCAAAGUAAAGACCCUCGCAAUCGAAGGAAACAAAGCCAAACUUGCCAUUUGGGAUACUGCUGGACAGGAACGGUUUCGCACCCUGACACCCAGCUACUACCGUGGUGCACAGGGUGUCAUACUUGUAUAUGAUGUUUCUAGGCGCGAUUCAUUUACCAAGCUUGAAAACUGGCUGAAUGAGUUGGAAACCUACACAACACGCAACGACAUCGUAAAAAUGCUGGUUGGAAACAAAAUUGAUAAGGAUGAUCGGGAGGUGGACAGAAAUGAAGGGCUGAAAUUUGCCAGGAAACACUCGAUGCUUUUUAUCGAGGCCAGCGCAAAGACCAAAGACGGGGUCCAGUGUGCUUUUGAGGAGCUAGUGGAGAAGAUCCUCCAGACUCCGGGGCUCUGGGAGAGCGAAGGCCCGGGUCACAGGGUCCAGCUGGGAAGCCCGGAUCAGGCCGGCGGCAGAGCGUGCGGAGGAUACUGCUCUAUACCCUGAAACUGGACAAAAAAAACACCCCGAAAAAUGCACCAACUUUGUUUGAACGAGCACAGACCACAUGAAAAGGAAAGAGUGUUGUUUCAAACUUUGCAGUUUGCACAAUUACUUCAUCGCUCAUUCUUCGCUAAAUCUAUUUAAAUGAUAAAUGAAAAGCAAUCAUGCAGGAUUUGCCUGUUAUUUGGGGCAGAUUAGUGUUUUAAAAUCAACCACAAUUGGGGGUGGGCAGCUCUGUCAUGUCUCUUCAUGUAUGAGUUUAUAUCCUUACGCGCCAGUGUUUCAAUUCAAAAAGACAUCCGGAUACUUGCAUAGUGCCUCUAGCAGAUGUGUAGUUGUCUCAUAAAUGUAUUCUAAUCAAUAUUUCAUUUGCAGUGAAGAAGCUUGUUCCUUGUUUAUGCUAAACAUUUACACUACACAAGAGUCUGAAGCGUUGCUUAAUAACCUCUGGCACUGAGGCAGAGGAGGGUUGCCAGGCAUUUAACACCAGAGGAAGGGUUUUCGACACUGUGAUUGCUUUCAAAGAUGACAUUUUAAAGCUGACCCCAGUUACUUGAUUGUUUCAUGUUUCAAAACCAUCUGUUGCAUGUGUCAUCUGGACCGUGGCACUACAAUGUUUACAGCAUCAAGGAAAACCUUUGCCCAGUUUCAGCUCCGGCAAAAGCAGUCCAUCAGGGCUUGUUUUUCUGCUUUAAGUAUACAUGUUCAUCCUAUUUGUCUCACAUUCUCUGAGACCAUUCCGAAGGAUGCUUUUCGUUAUUGUAUCAUAGUUAUUAUACAGUUCCUAAUUGCAUCUGUUUUCAUGUUUAAAAAAAAAAAGAUGUUUGCUCCUUUUUUCCUUUUUGUUUUUGCUUCAGAAAAAUACAGUAAACAUGUCAUUAAAACUGCCUUAAUGAGGGGAGGGAAAUGUGCUGGUGUUAUGGUCAGUUAUGUUGAGAUUGUUUUGAAAAAAAUAAAAGAAUAAAAACCUGAA